AUGUCGCCCGCCCAGAAGACCCGCCAACUCUUCGAUGAAAAAUGCCAGCGACACCGCCGAGACCUUGAGGUAGUCUUUUCCGAACUUAAUGGUUUGAUGGCCGGGAUGCACUACCAGGACCAAACCGAGGGCAGCACGACCCCCGUUCCAUCCUUGUCCCCAACGCAAACCGCCUACGGCUACCCUCUCGAGAUCUUUGACGACUUUCUCGGCCAUACACCCGCUAGUGAUACCGCUUGUCCUUCUGAACCCGCCAUUGCUAUGGAGAGCGAGCCCAUGGCAUCUCAGUGGGCCGCUAUUCGCACACUGAGGAAGGAGACAGAGUAUCACCACAGACGGUUUCAGGUCCUGGCGAGGCGUCUAGAGAACCCCAUCAUCUCCGACCUGCUUGAAAUAUACCCGGACGGACAGAGUAUCCGCAAUAAAGGCGCCUGCAUUGUUAAGGACGUGCUCGAAGGCUUCCAGCCUAGCAAGUUAUCGAUCGUCUUCGCCUUCACUUGCUUCUCCUACUCCAUCUCUCAACUUCUCUACAAGAAGAAUGCCAUCGACAAGAGCGACAUCCUUGCCGACAUUCGAGCCUGGCGGGACUUGAUUACAGACCCAAAGGAGAGACAAGCCUUCAACCAACUUGCACCAGAACUCUGGCCAGAAGCCAAGGAGCAUCUCCACUUCAUUGAUAUUCCGACCCAUCCCACAUACGGCACCGGUCGGUGGGCGAAUCGCUGGCCCCAGUUUACAUCUCUUGCUGCUUCAGCGGGAUAUUCAGCCACCGAACUUUCCCAUCCUCACCCAAACGGGCAAACCGCUUUUGGUGGUAUCGACGACCUGCAAGCAGCCGAUACGGGUUGGUCGCAAACGAGUGUCCCAGGCGGUGACGUGUCUUCCACACGCUCGGAGGUACAGCCAACGGAGCUCGAUCCUUCAAACGGGGAGAGAGAAAGCGCACAAUCGGACAUCAAGGGGCCAGAGGAUUCCAAGCUCGACAACACCAUAAUGUUUCUUGUUGUUCUCGUCUUCCUCCAGGAUCUUGGCGAGUGGUAUUUGUACACUCUGUCCGGAAGGAGCCUCGCCCCUAAACGUCACAAGUUGUACCAGGCGCAACAGGGAGACCAAGAGUCAUUUCAUCGCAAAGCCCAAAAAGCCUUUUUUGAGCCGUGCUCCAGACACCGAAACUCCAGCUAUUCGGCCUUCCGAGCCCUAGUCUCUGUUGCUGAGAUGUUCACACGGCACGGUUAUUUGCAGAGUAUCGCGGAAAUCAAACAAUAUGUCAUUAGCGUGGCAUCAGCCGUUCUCCUCCCCGGCACUGCCUACGAGCAAAUCGUCUCCUCUGUCCUGACAAUAUCAGACGACGUCCCUGUGGCUCCCACACAAGUAACCCACGCCACAAAGCCUCAAAAACGGCCGAGGGCGGUGGAUGAAGAUGCAUCGUCGCCCGAGACGGGUCCCAGGCCAACCAGGUAG